ACGUACUCCAUGCAAAGAUGUCCUGAAAUUAUCCUUCAUAUUGUCUCAAGUUUAUGAGUUUCCGACAAACGCAUUAGAAACGAGGGUUCCACAAACAAUAGCUCCGCUAAGAAACUUACUAGGAAGUGGGCUGCAAAAAAGGAUGCAUUUUUUGUCGGGUCUGCAAAUCUCAUUGUUCGGAGCGGGGGUUGCAGUAUAGUAUAGGGUGCGGUAAUGAAACUUUUACCUGCUCAUAGACUAGUCGCAUUGCAGGCCUAGAGCGGGAAACAUGUCGAUCCCCAAGGCCGAUAAGUGGAUGAAAGUUGAGUGGAACAGUGGAGGGCAGAGUGUGGUGAACGCGAGGUAUUUGCUGAAGAGUUUGCCUAAUGGCGAGGAGCUGAAGAUAGGGACGGUGGUGACCAUCGGAAAGCAGGAGAAUGGAACUCCGUUGACGGCAACUGUUCUGGCGAGUGCACGUGAUCGAGAGCUUCUGGAGAAGCCUCCAGUAUCGGAAACGCAGGAGAACGCAGGCACGAGCGCGCAAAACGAGCAGGAGCAGGGCGAUUAUUCCCCGAGUGCGUCUGACUGGGAGCCUACGGGCGACUCCAGCUCGGAAGACACCGAGGAAGAGGUGGAAGAGAACAAGAAAAUCAAAUUAGAGCGUCCGGCGCGUCAAUAUUCCAACAAGAGUAGCAGAAAAGUCCUCACGCCAACCCACAGGCCCAAAGCGGUCAUCCCCAACGGCAUGCAGCAGUUCGCCCUACAGAACUCCAUGAGGAAUCGCAGAUCAAACGACAUGAGAUACCGUAGUAACCCAGAGUCAAAUAAAAAAUACGUCCCUGAUGCUAAAGAAUCCGUGCCUGAACUUAUAACUAGCAUGAAAUCUAUGUUUCAAGAACUGUUUACAAUAAUAAGCAAGAUGAAACCUGACUUCAACUUAAACGAUAUCACUGAUUUCCAACAGAGUGCUGUUGAAGUCGAAGUACCUGCGAUUUCUCAUGAUAAUUCAGAAUUUAUAAAGAAUGAGAUGAAUUAUACGAAUGAUACGCAAGGGGAUGAGAGGAUGGACAGCGAAUAUUCGGAUAGGUCAGAUGAUAACGUGUUGAUCACUAACAGAUAUGAAACCGUUGAUAAAAAGAACGCGAAACCUGCGAAGAACGAAUGGGUGCCAAUUGGAAGUGGAACAACGUUGAUACACAGAGAUAAAUACAGAAAAGUAAAUUGGAAGUCUUAUACUGUCGCGACCCGGACGUUAUUGUUGGCAGCAUUCUCGCGAAGGACGCUGGCAACACAUUCUCUGACGGGGAAGAAAUCACCGGCGUUCACGAACAAGCCGGCAAAAAUGUGUCUCGACCCGAAAAUAGUUUCCGACAUCGUGAUAGAAAUUACAGAUAAAUUUAAAGUCAAGGAUAAUUUAGUCAGGAGCAUUAUAACAACGAAAUGCGCGGACGAAUGUAAGAUGUAUAAAAUGCAAAAGAACAAACACAAUGCAUCUGAUAAAAAGAAGAGCAAGAACCAGGAAAAUAUACCACCGGCUGCCAAUAAUACUGCUAGUUAGGUGUUUU